AUGGCAUUGAGCAGCAAGCGGAGCGAUGCAGAGUGGGGGAGGGCAGUUGUAAGCAGAUCAGAGUUGGCUUGUCUGGCGGUGGUGGGGUCUAGCCACAGUGGGGAGGUUUGCACCAGCCCAGCCCAGCCUUCUCAGCCUGCUGUUAUUCCGAAGCCGGUUCAAUCUGUCAUACAUGUUCCAUUGCAACCAAGCUGCCCAGGCAGAGGCAAGAUGGCAAAACUCAUAAAUCCAGAAGAGAUGACAUCCAGAGAUUAUUACUUUGAUUCCUAUGCUCACUUUGGAAUUCAUGAGGAAAUGUUAAAGGAUGAAGUACGCACAUUAACAUACAGAAACUCAAUGUAUCACAAUAAACAUGUCUUUAAAGAUAAGAUUGUCCUUGAUGUUGGAAGUGGCACAGGAAUCCUCUCGAUGUUUGCUGCAAAGGCAGGAGCUAAGAAGGUAUAUGGGGUUGAAUGCUCAAGUAUAUCUGACUACUCAGAAAAAAUUAUCAAGGCCAACCACUUGGACAACAUAAUCACAAUAUUUAAAGGUAAAGUGGAAGAAGUUGAAUUGCCUGUGGAUAAAGUAGACAUCAUCAUCAGUGAGUGGAUGGGUUACUGUCUGUUCUAUGAAUCAAUGUUAAACACAGUCAUCUUCGCACGAGACAAAUGGCUGAAACCUGGAGGGCUAAUGUUUCCAGACCGAGCUGCUUUGUACAUGGUAGCAAUUGAAGACAGACAGUACAAGGACUUCAAAAUUCACUGGUGGGAGAAUGUGUACGGCUUUGACAUGACCUGUAUUAGGGAUGUUGCCAUGAAGGAGCCUUUGGUGGACAUUGUAGAUCCAAAGCAAGUGGUGACCAAUGCCUGUUUAAUAAAGGAAGUAGAUAUUUAUACAGUGAAGACUGAAGAAUUGGCAUUUACUUCUGCAUUCUGCCUCCAAAUUCAGCGUAAUGAUUACAUUCAUGCCUUGGUCACCUAUUUUAAUAUCGAAUUUACAAAGUGCCACAAGAAGAUGGGAUUUUCUACAGCACCUGAAGCUCCCUACACUCACUGGAAGCAAACUGUCUUCUACUUAGAGGACUAUUUAACUGUGAGACGAGGAGAAGAAAUCUAUGGGACUAUAUCCAUGAAACCAAAUGCAAAAAAUGUGCGUGACCUGGAUUUCACGGUAGACUUGGAUUUUAAAGGACAGCUAUGUGAAAUGUCAGUAUCUAAUGACUAAAAUGCGCUAGCAAGAAACUCCAUAAAGCUGAAACUCCAGAGAGAUGAAAAGGAGAAUUUUAUCAAGUCCUGA